AUGGACUUCGAAACUCACCAACUGGGUCACUGGAUUCGACUGAGACGACCACAACUUUGACGACGACAAAACAUCAGGAGGUUUUCAGUUUCGGUAGACCCUCCCACCCAAGAUCUGGUGUCCCUCUCUCUUCUUUUCACCCCACACGUUCAGAAUAUCCAGAUCUCGACCUAGAAAACCGAAAUCCUGAUAGUAUAUUCUACAAUCCGGUACCAACGCAGACAUUUGCUCAGCUCCCUCAUCUUAAACCGUCGUGUCUAUACGUUUAUGGCUCAAGGACUCAUAUGGUUUCAUCUCAAUCACAAGGGAGAGCUGAUAAGCUGGAACUUACUGGGACUGGCUUUGGUGGAAGUGGGGGUCAUGCCGAUGGAAAAGUUGACGAGCUUGUCCUGAAUGGUAGUCACUUUGUGCCUUUUGAAAAGCCAACGGAGGUAGCCAAAAUCUUCAAGGAGUGGUUACAGAAAGAGAUGGAAAACUGGAUACAGGAAGAAAAGAGAGAAAGGGAAGCUAUGUGUAAAAUCCCCAUCGGUAGCCGAGCCAAGAUGGACGACGAUUGGAAAUGGUGGGUUAAUGAGUCCUUUGGCAAGAGGGGGAAUAAGAAGCCCGUGAACUCAAAAUUGUAA